CUUCGCCCUCUCUCGGGCUGCUUUGCUUUGCUUCCCUUCCGGGGCCGGCGCUGCGGCUCUUGGUUCCCUUCCUCGGCGCCCCUUCGCUCCCUUCCUCGGCCUCCGUAUGAAGAAUGGGAGGCCCAGCAAGGAGCCAGCCCCGCCGAUCCCUCCUCCUCCUCCUCCUGCCGGAAUGGAAAGGGUUCAGGCGGCGGCGGCGGGAGCUGCUUGGCCCGCCCGGUUCGUGCUUUGCUUGUGCGCCGUGGGCUUCCUGGAUUUCUUUGGAGUCAGUAUGGUUGUCCCCUUAUUAAGUCUUCAUGUCAAGUCUUUAGGAGUGAGCCCAACAGUUACAGGAGUGGUAGGAUCUUUAUAUGGAAUACUGCAACUCUUUUCCAGCACAUUAGUGGGAUCUUGGAGUGAUGUAGUAGGAAGACCAUAUUGCCUACUUGUCUGCAUUCUCUUCAGUGCAUUAGGUUAUUUUGUGCUUAGUAUGUCCACUAAUGUUUUCCUGUUUGCUGUUGCUCGCAUUUUUGUGGGUAUUUUCAAGCAUACACACUCUAUUUCAAAAGUUCUCAUCUCUGAUUUAGUUCCUGAGAGGCAGCGCCUCUUAGUAAUAGGACAUUUCAAUGCAGCCUCCAAUUUUGGCUUCAUCUUGGGACCUCCUGUUGGAGGCUACCUUACAGAGCUAGAGGGUGGUUUUCACUUGACGGCGUUUAUCUGUGCCUCCAUCUUCAUCUUGAAUGCUGGAGUUUUCUGGAUGGUGCUGCAACAUGAAACAAAGACCCAUGGAAACGAAUGGGUCACCAUUAAUAAGACAAGAGACAUGCUUUCCACAGAGGUUAAACACAGCCUGCAUCUCCAGUCCUUAUCUCAUCAUGCUGCAAAGUACAGCCCUCCAGCUGAAUCUUCUUGGACUCAAGUUGUAUCUGUGCUCAAGAGACUUGGAAGCAUUGCAAGGUCUGAUAUGUGGGAUGUUUUUCUGGUACGGCUGCUGAUGUCUGUUGCCGUGAUGCUGUACCACAGCAAUUUUGUCUUGGCACUUGAAGAGAGGUUUGGGUUGAAGCCUAAACUGACUGGCUACCUCAUAAGCUACAGCAGUGCGCUUGGAGUCGCUGCUGGCUUUCUGCUUGGACCAAUCACAAGACUGUAUCGGCACAAUACCUAUGCCAUCCUCCUGCGGUCCACUCUUCUCACUUGUGUGCUCCUGAUGCUAUAUUCGUUGUAUGAAAGUGUAUGGGCGGUCUUCAUAUCGUCCACAUUUUUAGCUUUUUCAACCACUGUAGGCCGCACUUGCAUUACUGACCUUGAACUGACCCUGGGAGGUAAUGAGGCCAGUGGUCUGCUUAUAGGCAUUGGUCAGUCUGUGUCAGCUGUGGGACGUAUAGUUUCACCUCUUAUCUCAGGAAUUGCCCAGGAAUUCAGUCCAUGUGGGCCUCCUCUUCUUGGAGGUCUGCUGGGAUUUGUAGCUGUACUCAUCAUGAUCAUGAAUAAAUCGCGAUAUUCUGGCACCAGGAGCACAAAACUGAAAAGCACGUAGUGAACUCUGCAUUGCUCUCAUGCAAACAAAAUGAAAACAACAGUGAAAUCAAAGAAUGUAGGUGUUUAAAAAGGCUGUACAGAAACAUUGCAGAAACAAGGAAGAAACUGAAUGCACCUCUUGCAUUUUUUCCUCUGACCUGCUAACUAAACAAGGGUGAUCUGAAAUGAGCAGAAAUAUAUACAUUGGAUCACUAAGGAUUUCCCCAGCUGUAAUUCAAAGGGAAAGUUGUCAAACACAUCUGUAGUAUUGGUCAUUUUAAUUGAUCGGAAACUCCUUUUUAAAAUACUGUAAGACACAGCAUUUUCUGAUUCCAAAUACUUGCUACUUUAAAUGGUAUGCUGUGAUCAAAGGGUGCCAUUAUCAUUCUCUGUGGUAAUCAGUUUGAUCUUAAAAUGUAGGGCAUUCUUCCAUAAAGCAAUUCCGAAAGUGGGCCAAGUGUCGGUGCUUAGAAUAAGGGUACCUGUACUGGAAGGUAGAUGGGGCCAUCUGCUUAUGUGCUUUAGAUGCUACUACUUCUUGUGAUCCAGCUGAACUGGAACUUGCAAAGUCAAGAAAGAUCAACCAGAGGAGAAUGCAAGUUUCAAAGCAUCAUUUUUCUUUCCCACUUUACUCCUGUAUGGAAUCUUGGGCAAGAUGUACUUCUUUCCAUUCUGUCUCUGUAUUCACAACUCUGCCUUAUGUUUGUAACACUGGAGGACUGGGUUGCUGUGAGUUUCUUUGGGCUGCAUGGCCUUGUUCCAGUACAUGCCCAAAAAACUCGCAGCAGCCCAGUGAUUCCGGCCAUGAAAGCCUUCGACAACACUGGAGGACUGCCUUCAGCAACAGGGGAAGACUUGUAGUUCUCUCCCUCUGAACACAAAUACACUUUGAUGAGCAUUCAGUUUGCUUGGACACUGCUUUGUUGUCCAAUUUGAAAGUCUAGGGUCUGGAUUGAGAAGUUCCAUUUUAUUUUUCAGUCAGGAGGAGGAGCUUUGUAUACAGCAGCAUGGCAUGAAUGUACUGUAGCUGAAAACUGAAGUGCUGUGUAUAAGAUUUAAAAGCAACAAACAUUGCUCUAGUAUUGCACAAUUCUGUAUUAAAAAGGAAUUGAGCUUUCUUCCCAAGCGUGCAUAAAUCAGUUUUCCGCUUUUGCCCUUGAGAUCACUGAAACAUCUUUGCACUGGAACCUUCAGUGCACACGUAUGAGCUAGCUCUUUCCUUUCUCAGGCAUGUCACAAAAAUGUGCAUUUUUUGAUGAAUCAUGAAUACUACAAGCCUGCAUUAGUAAAUAACUAAAUAGAAAAGGACCAAUCUGCAAAGAGACUGUUACAGGCACCAAAUAAGGCCCUAAAAUGCAAAAAUGGGAGAUUUAAGGAAUCUGUACCUAUCUGUAUUUAGGGGCCAAUUCUAAGCAUGUUUGUUCAGAACAAGUUUCUUUGGAACAAAUCUUGAGGCUUAGUUACAGUGAGUAACUGAAUCCUGAGAAGAGUAGGGUAUGGGAUGUUGACAUUUUCUUUACUAACUGCUCCAAACUAGUAUCACUUCUCCUCUUCCUCAACACCUCAUGCUAUUUUAGUUGUACUUGAGGAUGACCCCACAGGAAGGGAAAAUUGUGAAUUGGUUUGAAAUGGGGCACACGUAUGCACUUUUAACAAUUUGGUCAGUUUUUCUAUUCCAAAUAGUCAAGAUCAGGGUAUAGGUGCAUUCUGUCUUCCAUUUGCUCAGAAAUAUGUCAUGUGCAUGAGACAAUUCCUGGAAAAGGGAAUUGGCAAGUUUUACAGUGGCAAGUUUUAAAAGCAAACCAGCAUUUCCCUGUUGACAAGCCCAAUCUAUUUUCUUGUGGGACUGCAUUUAUUUUGAAACUUGACAGAACAUUUAAUUAGGUCAUUUAAAUUAUGUAGAUAAAUAAAGAUCCUGAAAGUAUUGUGGUGUUCUAGGGAAAAGGCAAGCUAUAAAAAUGUGGCCUCAGAAAUGUCUUUUGUUUAAGAAAGUUUUGCAGUACUUGUUUAAGGCAAUCAGAAUGCUUAUCUACAAAGUUACUGUUCUCAAGAUUGCACUAUACAGUUGAUAAAGGGAAAUAAAAGGAAAAUUAUUACUUUC